UACAAUCUAAAUCAACUCUGCUGCAAAUUGUUUUUAUUGUUGAUUUUACAGUUCGCAUAAUUGGGUAUAUUUUGGUGACUCACGGCUCUUGUAUUAUUUUUCAUUUAAUAGUGGGACUAGCAAAAUAUGUUUAAUAAUUUAUUUGGUAAGAAGCCUACCGUUAAAGAACAACAAAGGGAAAAUGACAAGAGCUUACGGAAAGCUACACGCGAUAUAGAACGAGAACGACGGAAAUUGGAAGAAGAGGAACGAAAACUGCAGCAAGAAAUCAAACGGGCCGCGGCGCAAGGUAACAAUGAUGUAUGUCGUAUAUUGGCAAAACAACUUGUGGAGGUGCGCAAACAAAAGUCUCGAACAUUUGCUGCAACAGGCAAAAUUACAUCAAUUGGUUAUCAGAAUAAAAAUAUUGGAACGAACAUAGUACUUGCAGAUGCCAUGGGCACAACGGCGAAAACAAUGGGUGACAUGAACAAGGUGAUGCGUCCUGAAAGUAUCGCAGCAAAUGUUCGUGACUUCCAAAAAGCGAAUAUGCAUAUGGAAAUGACGGACGAAAUGAUAAAUGAUACACUGGAUGACAUGUUAAAUGAGUCGGGUGAUGAGGAAGAAAGUGACGCCAUUGUAAAUAAGGUUUUGGAUGAAAUUGGCAUUGAAAUCUCGGGGAAAAUGGCAAGCGUUCCUACUGCAGGAUCUGGUGAUCUGGAGAAGAGUUCACGCAACGAAAAGGAUAUCGAGGCACAGUUGGCCAAAUUACGCUCCAGUUAGAUCGUAGGUUAUCGAUCAUAGUGAUAGAAAUAGAAAAAUUAGUUUUUAUAAACGCACUGGUAUACGCUUCACAAUAAUGUCAAAAAUUAAAUAAAUUAUUUAUGCAUAA